ACAGAAAAAGAGAGCAAGCUUUAAAACGGCCAGCUCCAUGUCUGUAUUACCAACAACACAUCCAGAAAAGGAAAAGAGCUAAAUUCAUGGAGGAAUAAUCCCAACUUAGAGAGAACCCCUUCCCUCCAUUUUCUCUUUUUUUCAUCUAAUUAACCCCUUAAUUAACCAAAAAAAAACAUAUCUUCUUCUUCUUCUUUUUUUUUAAGCCCUAUAAAUUCUCUCCUCUCUUUGUUUUGCUCUCUUUAACAGCUUGAUCUUCUCUGCAUUUUACCUGGAUCCGACCCGACCUGAAUGUGUUGACAUAUCUCUUUCCCGCUCUGUCUCCCUUUCUCUGCAGAGUCUCUCUUAUUCGAGAGAUCCCAUUGCUGGAAAAAGGCUGGGGCCUUUAUUAUUUUUUUAUUUGGUUUCUUUGUUUUCAAGGGUUCUGUCACUAAGCAGUCUUAAUGGGGAGUUGUGUAUCAACACCUUCUAAAAGAAUCAAGACACAGAAGAGGCACCGUCGUCGGUCCAGAAAAUGCCAUGGGAAGGUUUCUGGUUCUAUCACAGAUGGAACCAAGAAAAGGAGUAGUGAUGCUCGAGUAACGGAUAUAGCUGUUAGCGAAUAUGUACAUAUGGAUUUUGAGAAAGGUGCAACCACUACUUGUAGAAGAUCUGAAGUUUCAAACUCGACAUUCCAUCUCACCCAGUUGCAGUGGCAUCUUAGCCAAAUUGAUGCAAAUGUAACUUGCCAAGAGGAUGCUUGGUUUGAUUCAGUCAGUAUUCUGGAAUCCGAUUCAGAUGAUGAUUUCAUCAGCGUUCAUGGAGAUGGUUUUCCAUCAGCGGGCAAUGCAAUUGGGAAUAUAUCGAGUGGUCAGGUGCUUCAGUAUGAAAGCUCUUCAUGCUUUGUGGAUGGCAAGUGUAAAUAUGAAGAAUUCCAUGAAAGUUAUUUAAAAAUAGAUGGAGGUAAAAUGAGCAAAGAUGAUUUCAAAGAAUCAAACCGAUUUUCUCUUAUUAGUAAUCAGGGUCAUGAGCUUUCGCACUUUGCGAGUGCCGAUGAUAUUUGUAAUAGGAGGAAGAAAGUAUUAGAUCAUCCUUAUGGAAGCUUUAAAGGUCUGAAAGAGGAUAGGCAUAAUUCUGAAGAGAAAAUCUUAAGAUCUGGCUUAUCCAGAAUGGUUCCUUCUGUGAGUUUCAAUGAGAAGAUUUUGACAUCAAGUAUGGCUCCACAGUCCCAAAAGAAAAAAUCAGCAGUUUUUAGGCUUUCUUUUAAGAGGAGAUCAUGUGAUGGAGAAGACAAACUUGAAGAAUGUUCAUCAAAACAAUUUUUAUAUCGUCCCAGAGCAGGAUACAUAAUUCCAUGUAGCAAGGAUGAGAAGCCAAAUCCAGGAUGUUGGUCUGAGAUUCCACCGUCAACUUUUAAACUUCGAGGCGAGACCUUUUUCAAAGAUAAGCGAAAGUCCCCUGCUCCUGAUUACUCCCCAUAUACUCCAAUAGGUGUUGACUUAUUUAUCUGUCCAAGAAAGAUAAAUCACAUUGCUCAACAUAUUGAGCUUCCUAAUGUGAAAGCAAAUGGGAAAGUCCCUCCUCUUUUAGUUGUUAAUAUUCAGUUGCCUACUUAUCCAGCUGCAAUGUUCCUUGGUGAUAGUGAUGGUGAAGGAAUGAGUCUUGUUCUUUAUUUCAAAGUUUCUGAGUAUUUUGACAGGGUCAUCUCUCCUCAAUAUCAGGAGAGCAUCAAGAAAUUGGUUGAUGAUGAGAUGGAAAAGGUUAAAGGUUUUGCAAAAGAGUCUACUGUUCCCUUCCGAGAAAGGCUAAAGAUCAUUGCUGGGUUCGUUAAUCCUGAUGAUCUCAGUUUGAGUUCCACAGAAAAGAAGCUUGUAAAUGCUUACAAUGAAAAGCCAGUUCUCUCACGCCCGCAGCACAACUUUUAUAAGGGCCCCAAUUACUUUGAGAUUGAUUUGGAUAUUCAUCGGUUCAGCUACAUAUCAAGGAAGGGACUUGAGUCAUUUCGAGAUCGUUUGAAAAAUGGAAUACUUGAUCUGGGUUUAACCAUCCAGGCACAAAAACAAGAAGAACUGCCAGAGCGAGUGUUGUGCUGUUUGAGACUGAACAAGAUUGACUUUUCUGAUCAUGGCCAAAUACCUACACUUGUGACUGUUGAUGAUAAUUGACAUGAUUGCUAAGGUGCAAAUAUGGCUGUUGAAGAUUUAGAAACUCUGGUAUGGAGGAUCAAGAUGCUCAUUCUGUACAAGCUCAAGUGUCAACAAUUCCAGCCUUAACAAUGUAAGGAAAAGAAAAGGAAAUCUUUACUGCAAAUAUAUUGAUGUAAAUUUUUAUACAUUUGCUUUUGUAAUACCAUCUUUCAGAAAUGUCACACAAAUUUACUAUGAAUCUAGUACCUUUGACCUUUUCCAUGCCUGCUAUUUAGAGAAUCAAUACAUUGGCAGUAAAAA